AUGGUCAACUGCAGCGGAAAUCGCUUUACGUUGAAUUUGUUGUGCGGCACUGCUACACAGCCUAGUAUUGAAGCGGACUGGUGUACAGCUUGGCUUUGAUAUUCAAAAGCCGGCAUUUUCAUGACAUCACCUCCGAGGGCAGUUCUGCGCAGCAUUUCUGAAGGAAAACCUUUGCGUGGACACUUGGAGGAACAGCUUCAUGGCUCAGUUUGUGCUGUAGGGGACCAGAAACGGAGUUCAUUCCCAAAGCUGUGAUAAAGUGACACAGAAACAUUAACAUAACAAGGAGAAAGUGAAGAAUUUGGACAUCAUGCUGGGCAGUGAGAAUAAGGCAGUAACUGAGCAAAAGAAUGGCGCCAAGGUGGUUCAGUCAAAGGCACAAGAAACAUUAAAAACUCUGGGGCUUCAGGACAAUGAGGAUAUUUGCCUGAUGACACGAGGCUCCAAAAUGAUUAAGGUGCGAUCAUCACGCUGGCAGAAGAGCCGGCACUUUUGCCUGCUGGACGAUGGGCUGACUGUGUGGUGCGAGUCGAGCAAGAUCUCAAGCAGAGCCAAGGAACGGCAGAGCUUCUCAGUGGCAGAUGUGGAGUGUGUGCGCGAGGGCUGCCAGUCAGAGGUACUGCGAAGGCUGGGGGUGUCCCUGCCGGAGGGCCAGUGCUUCACUGUGGUCUUCAAAGGGGUCCGCAAGAGCCUGGACCUAUGCUGCUCCACUGAGGAGGAGGCUCAGAGUUGGAUCCAUGGGAUCCGCACCCUCCAGGACAGGCUGAACAACAUGACCCAGAAGGAGAAACUGGAUAACUGGAUCCGAGGCUACCUGAGGAAAGCAGAUCAGAACCAGGAUGGGAAGAUGAGCUACGAUGAAGUGCAGCGCCUGCUGCAGAUGGUCAACAUCGAUCUGAAUGAGCAGUACGCCUGCUCCCUCUUCAAGAAGUGUGACCACUCUGCUGAUGGACGCCUUGACUAUGCUGAGACCGAAGAGUUCUGCCGGGAGUUGCUGCGCCGGCCUGAGCUGGACCAAGUGUUCCUGCACUAUUCCAGCAAUGGCUGUGUGCUGUCUACUACCAAUCUGCAGGAGUUCCUGCGUGACCAGGGCGAGGAUGCCUCCCUCAUCCAUGCUCAGAGCCUCAUCCUGACCUAUGAGCUGAAUGAGUGGGCUCAGAAGAACCAGUUCAUGACCCCGAAUGGCUUUACGCUAUACAUGCUGUCUUGUGAGAACGACGUGUUCAACCGAGACCAUUCACAAGUGUACCAGGACAUGACACAGCCACUGGUUCACUACUUCAUCUCUUCCUCUCACAAUACCUACCUCACCAAGGACCAGGUGACCAGUGCCAGCAGCACAGAGCCCUACAUCAGAGCUCUGAACCAGGGAUGCCGGUGUGUGGAGCUGGACUGCUGGGAUGGUGACAGUGGUGAGCCUGUUAUCUACCAUGGACACACCCUCACAUCCAAGGUGACCUUCCGGGAAGUCAUUGAGACCAUUGCAGAAUAUGCCUUCAAGGCCUCCCCGUACCCCCUGGUACUAUCCCUGGAGAACCACUGCACAGUAGAGCAGCAGGCAGUGAUGGCCAAGCACCUCUGCACCAUCCUAGGGGACAAGCUGCUUAGCAAGCCCCUUAAUGACAAGCUCCUCUCCAGCCUACCUUCGCCAGAGGACCUGAAGUGGAGGAUCCUGAUAAAGGGAAAGAAAGAGAGUGUCAAGGCAGAGAAGACAGACAGCUCCUCCAGCUUAAGUUCCAGCUCUGAGGAUGAGGCAACAGCUGGGUGCAGGGGCAAAGAGAAAAAGGAUACCGCCAAGGCUCUGAUGUCCAAAAUUAGCCUUGAACUCUCAGACUUGGUGGUGUACUGCCGAAGCGUACCCUUCCGUGGGUUCGGCCAGGCUGCCAAAAAGCCACCCAGUGAAAUAGCUUCCUUUUCUGAGAGUGAGGCCCUCAGACAUGUGAAGGAGGCAGGAAAAUGGUUUAUUCGAUACAAUAGCAGGAACCUCAGCAGGAUCUACCCCUCAGGACAACGACUACAGUCCUCCAACUACAACCCGCAGGAGAUGUGGAAUGCUGGUUGUCAGAUGGUGGCACUCAACUUUCAAACUCCUGGUGAGCAGAUGGACUUGAACCAGGGCCGCUUCCUCCCCAAUGGCCGCUGUGGCUACAUACUAAAACCAACCUUCCUGCGGGACCCCAACUCUGAUUUCAACCUGGAGAACACAUGUGCUGGUCCAGGACACUGUCCCACCAUGCUGACUAUCAGGGUGAUCUCAGCCCAACAGCUACCCAAAAUAGACGCGGACAAGCAGCACUCAAUUGUGGACCCGAUGGUGUGGGUGGAGAUCCAUGGUGUAGCCAUUGAUAAUGCUCGUGAGAAAACACACUACAUUGACAACAACGGCUUCAAUCCCCAAUGGAAUUGCACCCUCAACUUCCAGCUCCAAGUGCCAGAGCUGGCUUUGGUCCGCUUCCUGGUGGAGGACCAUGACUAUGCCACCAGGAAUGACUUUUUGGGCCAGUUUACGUUGCCUUUCCCUAGCAUGCGUACAGGCUACCGACAUGUCCACUUGCUGAAGGCUGACGGAUCCAGUCUGUCCCCUGCCUCUCUGUUCAUUCAUGUCAGUGUGUAUCGCAAAGGUAGCCCUGUCAAGUCAUCUUCUCCUCGUCGGCUGUGAUCCUCUGAUGUGACUCUGAAGUUGGUUACAGUGCUUCCACUGACCACCUUGAAGAUGGCAUCAGGAAAUCUGCUUCCUGCAGAGCAUGACACAUUCAGUAUCUGCUCCCUCACUUAAUUAGGGUUUUUCAGGAAUUGGGCCAUGAGUUUAAGCUUGUCUCUACAAAACCAUUUUAGUUAAAAUUAACAUACUUUUAGGAGGACAACAUUUGUUAAUUUGAAGUUCUUAUAUUUAUAAGGGUAACUGUUUGAAAAAUCCUUUGAAAGGUAAAAUAUUUAACUUAUGAAGAUUCUCUGCCUCUCUGUCCUAUAUACCGUGUAUGCUGUCAUAUAUACUGUAUAUGACAUUGCCAAGGUGUUUCGGUCUAUUUGAAUAUAUUCAUUCAUUUUUUAACACAUCGUACAUUUCUAAUUUAAACAAGAUGGCUGUGCCUCAGUUCCUGUAGGCCUGUUGCCUGCAGGGGGAACCGUGGAGGUCCAGUGCAUUGUGGAUCGGCAGCAGUCAUAGACAGAGACCUUGUUGGACCAAUCCCGAGCUACUGAAUCUGGUUUAAGGAGAUGGAAUGUGACCUCUCUGGUGGGAAUGGAGCCUGAGCUGGUGCAGGAAGUAGAGAGAUACUGUUCAGAUAGAGUUGGACUCACCUCAACACACAGCGUGGACUCUAGAAACAAACUCCAGGAGAGGGGAUUGGCUCUAUUCUAUUCUAGUUGAGAGGGUCUGGGUAUACUUGUAGCACCCCAGUUCAGCACUUGUAUGUUGGAGUUCAAUCCAGUGAAUGAGAGGGUCGCCUUCCCUUGACUUUGAGUCGGGGGACAGGCUCUGACUGCUUAUGCACCAAAGAUCAGUUCAGAGUAUCUGGCCUUCUUGGAGACCUUGGAAGGGGUGGUGGAAGGUGCCCCCUCUGGUGACUCCAUUGUUCUACUGGGGGAGUUUUAUGCUCAUGUAUUUAAUGGGAGUGAAACGUGGAAGGGUGUGACUGAGAGGAAUGGCCUGCAUGAUCUAAACCUGAGUCAUGCUCUGGUGUUGAACACAGUUUGUUCAUUAUGAACAGGGUGUUCAUAAGUGCACCUGACACAAGAAUGGAUGAGUUACUACCACAGGUGGAAGAGUUUAAGUAUCUUGGGGUCUUGUACAUGAGCAAGAGAAGAAGGGAGCAGGAGGUUGACAGGUGGAUCGAUACAGUUAGGUGGACUUUGUACCAGUCUGUCAUGGUGAAGAGAGAGCUGAGCCAAAAGGUGAACUAAUUGAUUUACCGCUCGAUCUACAUUCCUACUUCCACAUAUGGUCACGAGCUUUGAGUAGUGACUGAAAAGAAUGAGAUCAUGGAUACUAGUGACGGAAAUGAGUUUCCUUCACUGUGUGUCUGGGCUCGGCUGUAGAGAUUGAGAGGAGUGUGGACAUUCAGGCGUUGAAUGCCUCCUGCUCUUCCUCAUUGAAAGGAGCCAUUUGAAGUGGUUUCUGCAUCUGUCUAGGAUGCCUCCUGGAUGCCUCUCUUUGGGCAGGUUCUCUGAGUCAGAGGUAUUCUCCCAGUGGAGCUGGAGGAGGUAGCUGGGGAGAGGGAGGUCUCACCAUCUCUGCUCAGACUGCUGCCCUUGUAACCCAGCCAUGGAUAAGCAGCAGAUAUUGGAUGGGAGGGUGGAUGGAUCCAUUCUGCUUCUUUCUGAGGUGCUGAUUCAGGGACAAGAAAACUGGAAAACACAGUUCCUUUAUUCAUUUGUAGGGUUUCUUUUAUUCCUGCCUCAAAUUUGUCGCGAUUGAUUACUGUGAUGUUUUUUUUUUUUUGUUCAAAAAUAUUUUGUAAUAUCAUUUAACCAUGUGUUAAAACAAUCUAAUUCAAAGUUUUUAUGGGCAUUAUACAGAGAUAUUCUUUAAGAUGAUUUAAAAUGUAUGUAAUUGUUUUUGCUUUGGUACAAUGUAUAAUAUUCUCCGUGACAUGAUUCUCACCAUGACAUUUAUGUUAGACUCUGUGGUGUUGAUCUGUAGAUGUACUUCUGUCAGAACUAUUAGUGUUAAAUGUAUAUGUAGUUUGUUUAUACAUUGUUCUACAUCAUGUGCAGUAAUAGGUGAUAAAGUCAACAUUUUGAUAGAUUAUAAACAUGACUAAAAUAAUUUCAAGGUUAGAUUUAUUAUUCUGAAAACAGGUCUUUUCACCCAUUCCACCCCUAUUUUAAACCCAAAGGUGUCAGGUUCUUAGAUUUGUGGAAUUUUUCAGGCAGGCCAAAGAUUUUGUUAGAUUAUGCCUGAAACAAGCAUAUUCCAUAACAAUUCCAUAACAAUAACAGUGCCCUGGGAACUGAGUGUGCUACUUAUUUUCUAAUUUUUUCAUAUUACUA